AUGGCCGGAGUCACCGCCACCGGGGUGGUCGGAGUUCCCUCCACCUUCUCCUCUGCCACCGCUCAGAUCGGGGGCUUCCUGUCGAAGAAGCCUUACGCGCCGCCGGCGUGGGCCACACACCUCUCCCCCAUGCCUUCCCACACCUUCUCGCUCGGCCAUCGAGACGAUUUAUCAGGCAUGCAGUUGAGUGGAAACAAGGUCCGGAAGCUGGAGUUCUUGAUGGCAGAUGCUGUGGCACAAGGGGCAGACUGCGUUAUUACUGUUGGUGGUAUACAGAGCAACCACUGCCGUGCCACAGCUGUGGCUGCGAAGUAUCUCAAUCUUGAUUGCUACCUGAUACUACGUACCUCCAAGCUUCUUGUGGAUAAGGACCCUGGUUUGGUUGGCAAUCUCCUUGUCGAGAGACUAGUUGGGGCACACAUUGAUCUUGUGUCAAAAGAAGAGUACGGAAAAAUUGGCAGUGUGGCUUUAGCUGAUCUGCUGAAAAAAAGGCUUCUGGAAGAAGGGAGGAAGCCAUAUGUGAUUCCUGUUGGUGGAUCAAACUCAUUGGGAACUUGGGGAUAUAUUGAGGCAAUAAGGGAGAUCGAGCAGCAAAUUCAGCAAUCUGCUAAUGUUCAGUUUGAUGAUAUCGUUGUUGCAUGUGGCAGUGGUGGAACCAUUGCUGGCCUUGCUUUAGGAUCCAGAUUGAGCAGCUUAAAUACAAAAGUCCAUGCAUUCUCUGUUUGUGAUGAUCCUGAAUACUUCUAUGACUAUGCCCAAGGCCUGAUUGAUGGACUUAAUUCUGGUUUGGAUUCGCAUGAUAUAGUUAGCAUCGAAAAUGCUAAGGGAUUAGGCUACGCCAUGAACACAGCCGAGGAGCUUAAGUUUGUCAAAGACAUAGCUGCAGCAACAGGCAUUGUCCUUGAUCCAGUCUACAGUGGGAAGGCAGUUUAUGGAUUGCUAAAAGACAUGGCUGGCAAUCCAGCCAAGUGGAAAGGGAGAAAAGUUCUGUUUAUCCACACAGGUGGUCUUCUUGGGUUGUAUGAUAAGGCUGACCAGUUGUCAUCUUUGGCUGGGAGCUGGCGCAGAAUGGAUCUUGAAGAUUCUGUUCCACGUAAAGAUGGCACUGGUAAGAUGUUCUGA